AUGUCCCACGAGGACGUAUGGUCGGAGCGGCCGGGCGACUUGACGCGAUGUACGCUGUACAAGUCGCGCGACUACAUGUACCUCGUGUAUGUGAGUGCGGACCAGACGCGGCAUCGCAUCCUGCGCAUUCUCCGCGUGCCGCCGAUCCUGGCGCAGGACAAGACGUCCGUAGCGGACGAGCCGCCCAAGUCGCCACCGAAAGAGACCGCGGCAGAGACGCCUGCCGCCUCCCCUCCUGGUACACCAACUCAUUAUGAACGGAGCUCUUCGAGCGUCGUGCUCAGCAUCGCCGAUGACGACGAGCAUGCUCCACAAGCGGUGCCGCCGACAUCGGGCACUCUGUCCUCGGAAAUCACUGAGCUGGCCUCGUCUCUCGUGCCCGAGCAUGCUACUUCGAUACCCGGUGCGCCUGAGAAUGCUAAUGGCAAAUACCUCGGUCUGUACGAUGCGGACGUGCUGCAUCUUCGCUUGACCGCCGAGUGGAAGCAGUACACGGGCGCCACAGACGAGCCGCGCGCCGAAGCGCCUGAGCGGACCGUCCGUCCUAUCUCCGAUCUUGGUCGCACUCCUGAACCGGCACAUACACCGCCGCCGCCACCACCACCACCGCCAAGCUCGGCGCCCAGUGAAGCGCCCUCCGAACUACCCGAGUCGUCCAGCGACAGCGCAUGGGCCCUCCGAGUCACGGCGUAUUCUUCCGAGCACACGCCGCCCAACGAGCUGCACGAUGUGCUCGCGGCGAUUUACGACGGUGCAGGCCAUGACGGUCCGUGCAAAGAAGUCGGCCGCUACUUUGGCCUUGUUGGGUUUGUGCGCUUCACGGCGGGCUACUACAUGGUGCUCAUCUCAAAGAGGAGCGUCGUGAGUCUCGUGGGCGGUCACUAUAUCUACCACUGCGAUGAGACGCAAGUCGUGCCCUUGUGUUCCUCGAGCGCGCUGUACACGGCACUGGGACGCAACAAGACCCGCGAUGCGAGUGAAUCCAGCCUGCUCCGAUCGUUCAACCAAGUGGACUUGAGCAAAAACUUCUACUUCAGCUACACGUACGACAUCACACGCACGCUCCAGGAAAACAUGACAGGUCCUCGCGCUCAUGCUCAGCUUUUCGUCGCCAAGGCGUGGGGGUACAAGGAAAAGUUUUUAUGGAACUAUCAGCUGCUGGAGCCAGCCUUUGGCGAUUGCCGCGACUCGGCGCCGGACGACGCGAGGCGCCACUGGAUUAUACCCCUCGUGCAUGGCUUUGUGGAUCAGGCCAAGCUCAAUGUCCUGGGCACCGCGAUCUAUGUAUCGCUCAUAGCGCGGCGCUCGCGGCAUUUUGCCGGUGCGCGCUUUUACAAGCGCGGCAUCAAUGUCGAUGGCUACGUCGCCAACGACGUCGAGACGGAGCAGAUUGUCAGCAAGCCCGUGACAACGCCGUUCUACUGGCCGGCCUCCCGCUUUGAUGCAUCUACACUGCGUGCAUCGCCUCACUUUGCGUCGUACGUCAUGAUGCGCGGCUCGAUUCCAGUGUUCUGGACGCAGGACUCGAACAACAUGUCGCCACGCCCGCCGAUUGAAAUUUCCGUCGUCGAUCCCUACUACACAGCGGCCAUGCGCCACUUUCGCGAGCUGUUCAGUGCGUACGGCACACCCGUCAUUGUGCUCAACCUUGUCAAGAGCAAAGAGCGCCAGCCGCGCGAGUCCAAGCUGUUGCGCGCCUUUACUGAGUGCAUCGAGCACCUGAAUGGCUUUCUCCCCUCGGACGACGAUGGCAAAGACCAUCGUAUCCGCUACAUCCCGUGGGACAUGAGCCGGGCCAGCAAGAGCCGGAACGAAAACGUCAUCGAGUUUCUGGAAGAGCUGGCCGAAGAGGCGCUUGAAGCUACGCAGUACUUUCAUUCGGGACCGCUGCCCGAGACGUUCUGUCGCAUCACAGACCCAUCCAACGACCCGAUCCUUCUGCAGCAUGGCAUCGUGCGUGUCAAUUGUGUCGACUGCCUCGAUCGCACGAAUGCCGCCCAAUUUGUGCUGGGCAAAGUCGCCUUGGCUCACCAAUUGCAUGCUCUUGGUCUGCUGAAACACCCACACUUGUCCUUCGAUUCAGACGCCGUGGAUAUGCUCACGGAAAUGUACCACGACCUAGGCGACACCAUUGCCCUGCAGUACGGGGGCUCAGCACUCGCUCAUACGACAGACACGUACCGCAAGAUCAACCACUGGUCGUCGCAUUCGCGCGAUAUGCUCGAGGGUAUUCGGCGAUACUAUGCCAACUCGUUCGCCGAUGCUGAAAAGCAGGCUUCGAUCGACUUGUUUCUGGGACAGGAGCCCAGCGAGUCCCGGGCGAUGCUGCAUGAGCAUGCGGGACAAGAAGAGCGCACGAUGCGCUUGACUACCUACACUGAUGCGGCAGAACACAUGAACGCCAAACUGCGCUACUUACAGCACUUUGUUCAUACAGAAAGGUGCUUCUGGGACGGGUACUAUCGACCCACGCUCUUUACUGACUUGCAGCGCCUGCAUGCCUACAAAAUGACCGCCGUGCACUUGGACCGCGCUGACGUGGAUGAUCCGAUGCCGAUGCUCAACGAGUCAGAGGCGCCUUCGCUCGAGCAUGUGCCGAAACACAUGCGCACACCGACGACAAGCUCCCUGCACCGCUCGAUUCUCGGCGGCAUGCGUCAAUGGAUCAAGCCGUCCGUGGCGCCUUUCGACUCUCGCGACAAGUCGCAGGACACACCAUCCACGCAUGAUGCGGCAUCUACACACGCACCUGCUCACGCACCGGAGCCAGUCGCGCCGCAUCCCCUCGAGGCGGUCGUGCACCGCACGAUGCAUCCCAGCCUCUCUCGGCAGGAAGCACGUGAGUACCUCGCGUACUGCACGCAGUUCGAUGCCUUGCCCUUCCGGCUCACGGAUCACACCACCGAUACGGACCUGCAUAUCUAUGAGCAGGCCACCUCAAUGCACUUGCACGGCUUUAUCCAUACCCGCACCGAGGCACCUGACGCUGUCUACGCAGCCUUCACCCAGCCGCCCCUGGUGCGGUUUGCAGCGGCGCGUGUAUAA